AUGCUGCAAAAGAAAGACAAACCGCCAUACCUGCAGCUCUUCGUGGCAGCUUUGAUUUUCGUUUCAAUCGCAAUAUUUCUGCUCCCUCGGCUUCAUCAAGCGCGGAGCCUGCGCGGAUUGCUUUUCUGGAUUGCUGUCAAUGGAUCUCUGGCUUUCGCAAUAGAUCGAUUGAUCUUAUACCCUUACUUCCGUAGUCCUCUUAGAAAAGGGUUUCCUCUCGUCUUCAAUGGAAGACUCUGGUGUUUCAAUGAAGCCUUGGCUGCUUUGAUGGAGCCCUCUCGUGGCCAGACAGCGCUAUCUUGGUUCACCAAAUUCCAAGACGAAGACGCGAUUCGAAUCUACGACCCGAUCAUUGGGGACAUUGUCAUGCCAAUAAGCCCUGAAGCGCUCCGAGACGGCCUUGCAAACCAGUUCCAGGACUACCAAAAGUCACCAGGCCUUGCCAAACUCUACUCCCUUUUUGGUGGGAAGAGCGUCGUUUUCACAAGUGGCACCGAAUACACGAAGUUCAAGAAAGCUAUCCAUCCCCUCUUCUCCAUUCAACUCGUUCGGAAAAUGCAUAAGAUCUCUUGGGACAAUGCGGAAACGCUCACGGAUACGCUCAUCGAGCGAGGCAUGCAGAAGGGGUUCCAUGACCCUUGGCCUACACUGUUUAGAUAUGUUCUCGACAGUGCAGGGGAGGGGCUUUUGUCGUACAAGUUCCAGGCACUAGGGUCCGCAUGGGAUAGCACUCCGGUGAAGAUCUUGCAAAAAGCUGCCACGCCUAAUCGUUAUUCCGAUCUAUACAAUGCAACUUCUCUGUUUACGCCGCCAGGACUCCUCCAGUCGCUUCCCACGCGCCAAAUGAAGUCCGUCAACCGAGCAGCGCAGACUCUUCGAAAUUUUGGCAGUAAAAUUCUGGAGCAUGCGAAGGAAUUGAAUCAGCUCAGCGAUAAAGAACCCGACGAUGUACUGCGGAGGCUUGCAGCGGAAAAGAAUCUUACAGACGAAGAUAUAGUAGAGUCGAUCUUGACUUUCUUGACAGCUGGAGCUGAGACGACAUCUGCGGCGCUGGCAUGGUCUUUACACUUGCUCACGUUGCCCGAAAAUGUACAGUACCAGACUGAACUUCGGACAGAGCUCCAGAACAGAUUCGAAGGCAUAGAUGCAGAUAUUCCGACCCACAUGGACCUCGCAAAUAUACCAAUAUUGCAUGGCAUCGUUCAGGAGACCCUGAGACUGCACCCUUCAGUCCCCUUACUGCCCUAUGUUGCAAACCGAGAUACGCAGAUGGCUGGACAAUUCAUCCCCAAGGGAACAACCAUACUGUACUGGAUCUGGGCUCUCAACCGCAACCCUACACACUGGGGCUCCAACGCAGGAGCCAUGGAUCCAUAUAGAUGGAUCAAUACGGACGAGCACGGCGUACAACGUCUCAAUAAACACGGAGGUGCUUCAAGCAAUUACGGUUUCAUGUCUUUUUUCCAUGGACCCAGGUACUGCAUCGGAAAAGAGGUCAGCAAAGCCACGAUACGGGCAGCCAUCGCGAGAUUGAUCCUAGACUUCGAGAUUUCCCGCGAUUUGUCUAUCACUUUGGAGCCCAUUCCAGGAGGUAUAGGAAUUGUGAGGCCUUGCAAGAAUCUGAAAUUGAACUUCAAGCCCAUCUUGGCCCCGCAGAUUCAGAGACACGAUAGUGCUCACGAGGUCGAUGUAUGA